AUGGAAUCCUCCAUCAAGAUCAAUUCAAUAUCUAUAGAUCUAGCGGACGCAACUGAUGGAAUUGAUGCGGGGAAAUGCGAACAUUUCUCUAUACGUGGAUAUGUAGCUGAGAUCCGUCAGAGAGAUUACAGAAAAUGUUGGCCAUUUUCGGAAGAGAGUGUUGAGUUAAGGGACCACGAAAGCUUUUGUCUUCCUGCUUUACCAGUUCGAAAGUCUAGAUGGUGGCGCUGUCCAAGCUGCAUCAAAGACAUCAAUGAUACUGAUUGUCGAUUGCAAUCACAGUUGAGAUCUGUUAAGGAGAUAAAGCUUGAUGCUGGCUCUUCAGCAAUCAGAGAACAGAACUCGCUGAUUGUCUCCGACAAGAAAGAGAAGAAAAACGAUGUUCAGACAGUUAAAAUGCUCAAGAAAGCUCGCCGCAGAGCUAAGGAUGCUUCUAAAGUUAAGAGCAAGAGUAGAAAACUACUCGCUAGUCCAGAGCAGGCCAGCAAGAGAGAAACUAUGGAAGAGAUUGCUGGUGUGGUUGAUGAUACGCCUGACAAGAAAAUCAAGAAGAGUGAUAGGUAUAGUCAUCGAGAUGAAGAAUGUGAUAAUGCGUCACCAGUAAGUAGAAACCUUCUUGGUCACAACAACCGUAGGAAAACUCGGAAGGUUCGUCUAUUGAGUGAGCUGUUGAGUAACAGAAACAAAGAAAGUCCAUCGAAAAAGGAAUCGGUGAGAGGUACGAAAAGAAAAUCUUGUGGAGAUCAAGAAGAGUCCAGGCCUGAUGAUGAGAUGACGAAUUACGCUAGCAGGAUAUUAAGCACAGUUGGCAAAACCUCUGAAAACGCUUCCAAGAGUUGUGGCGACUCUGAAGAGAACACUGUCUCUGGCGCGGAGGAGUCAAGGCCGAGUGUUGAGACCCACGAAUCCACUGACAGUGGGUUUGACAAAGAAGUGGCUAUUAAGGGAAAGCAGAGAAACAGAAGGUUUCAGGUUGUGGAAGAAGCUUCAACAAAGGAUCCUUACGACUACGCGAGUCCUGUUCGCUCUUCGUUUCCUGUCAAAGAAAUGGUUCCUUGUCCUCUGCACACACAGAGAACAGAGAAAGAUCUCACUGUAACCAAAAAGAGGAAGAGGAAAGCUGACAAGAACAGCACCAUUAUUAACUUUGGUAACAGCGUUGAUGAUGGGAAGAAUCUUGUGAAACCGAGAAAGCCAGAGACUUUUCCGCAAGCUUUUGCAAGAAAUCCGAUGCCUCAGUCUACUCGAGAUUUUCUGAAUUCGAAAUGGCUUGACUGUUCAUACCCUCAGCUUGACGACAGGCCACCGCCGGUCUUUCCAUUGCCUUUGCAAGAAAGAAUGCAUUUCAAAGAAGACGAUCACCGUGCGAUGCUGAAAGGUUUAGGGACAAACCAUUUCCGAAACUUUGGUUCCUCCUUUAAGUCUAUUAAUGCGGAUGAUGGGUGCUUGAGAAGUGGAGUAAAUGUUAACUUUAGCAGCAACGGAAAUGCCGUUGGAUCAUCGUUGCUUAACGAUAAGCUAAGAUACGCCUCUUCUACUGAAGUUGCGGCUAGUUCUCUGCAAAAGCAGGAUGUUUAUCCGGGACACGGCAAGGGCAAGGAAGUUGCGGUCCAGGAACUUCCGGGAGCGUCGAGAAUCCAAAGCAAGGCAUCUGAGCAGAUAGAUGACAUUCCCAUGGAAAUAGUGGAGCUUAUGGCUAAAAACCAAUACGAAAGGUGUCUUCCUGACAGAGAAGAGGACAAACAGCCAACGACUAGUGUAUCCAAGAAUGCUCUGCUGAUUGAUCUCAAUGAAACCUAUGAUAACACCAUGGACAACACAUCAAGGCCACCAAAUCCUCUUCUUGGUAAUAAUAACGCUAGGAACGGCGAUUUGUUAACCGGAAAGCCGAACUCUCUGGACUUAUUCUCUACAAGUCAGUUUGGUCAGCCUUACAAUGUAACUUCCGGUUUUGGUAUACCUCUAACCCAAUCAAGCUCCAUCCAGUUUCCUGGUUUAGUAGGGCAGAGCAGUCACAACUGUCACUGGCUAGGGAAUGCUACUACAACAGCUCUGGCUACUCAACAGAACUCUCCAUUCCGGGUGUUACGUGCGUGUAACACGUGCCAAAGUGUUCAACAGCAGCAGUUUAGACAACCUUCUAAUCCCAUUUGGUCAUCUUCCAUCACAUCACCACAACAUGUUCAUCAUCAACCACUUUCUCUCAGUCUCCCUCAGAAGCUGGAUACUCCAAAUACUCGGAAUCUAAACUUUGAAGGAGUCAGCAGCAAACCAGUGGACACUUCCUCUAACGAGAGUAGCAUACCAGCGAUGCACUUACUGAGCCUCAUGGAUCCACGGCUGAGAUCAAACAUUCCCACUGACUCUAAGUUUGUGAAACCAACGUUUUCACCGGUUAACCAGUCCAAGGAGUUUAUAGGACCUCAACUAAGGGAAUGUAGUAAGACAGCUUACGCCGCAAAGCAUUGGCCUUUCGAUCUUUACACCAGAAGAGUGACGACUCCAGAGACUUCUCGUGCCGUUAUUCCACCGGUUGGGACAUCUUCGUUUGCGUUGCAAGGUGAUAAGAGCUCUGCAGAGAACGUUGACUUCACAUUACAAGCUUCAUGGAAUCAUCAGGAAAAGAAAACGAAGAGAAAAGACAACAACUUUGCGCCAAUCUUCAACAACAACAGUCAUCACCAAAAGCCAAUCUUUGCAAGCAGCAGCGGCAGUGAUCCAGGGAAGUUCCAGCUUCUUGGAGCAUCAGAUUCCAUGAUGCUUCCUCUGAAGUUUCACAUGAAGGACAACGCCAAGAAGCAGAAGACGAAAAAGGCGCAGAGCUACAGCACUGUCUCUGCUUGUCCUCCAACGAGCACUUCAGGACCUUUUGUGUGCAGCUUCAACAGAAACCCUGCUGAUUUCACCAUUCCUAAUGCACCUGGGAAUGUUUAUAUGCUUAAGGGUGAAGAUUUUAAGGUCAGAAAGCAAGCGGGCUCCAAGAAAAAGCCAAGCUUGUGUAAGCAGGACGCGUUGAUGAUGCAAAACAAGAACUCGUCAUCUCUUGCUCCUGACGCAGAGAAUGCCUGA